AUGGACGAUUCCGAAGGCCGCUCUUUCGAGCGGCGGGUGCUACGAACAGUCGCGCUCUACCAGGCUAUCGUUGCAAUAUUAAUUAUGUGGAUUGGCCCCAAAACUUUCUAUAGUGUAUUUUUCGCUGACAGCAGUCUCAAGCGCUCCGGCUCUGGCUGCUUUCUUGACUACAGUAAUUAUUUUCCUCGUCCGCAUACAACCAGAAGCAUCUCCCACCAAAAUUUCGACGUUACUAUUCGAGGCCAGCAAGACCGUCCUCGCGUCUGUCCUUUGGGUUUGGCUGUUGAUAGAUACGCUUAUGUGGCCGGAAGGGAGAGGAUUUCAGAAAAUCCCAUGGCGGCAUGCGCAACUUGCAAUGGCCUCGGUACUACUGGUUGGAAAGUAUGGGGUGAAGAGGAACCCCGAUUCAUAGAAAGAGACAUCGAGGAUGGGGAAAGGGAAGGAACACCUCUGCUUGCUCAGUCCGACUAG